GGCGGCGGCUGCGGAGGCUCGGACCUGCCCCUGCGCUUCCCCUACGGGCGGCCGGAGUUCCUGGGGCUGUCUCAGGACGAGGUGGAGUGCAGCGCCGACCACAUCGCCCGCCCCAUCCUCAUCCUCAAGGAGACUCGGCGGCUGCCCUGGGCCACUGGCUACGCAGAGGUUAUCAAUGCCGGGAAGAGCACACACAAUGAAGACCAAGCCAGCUGUGAGGUGCUCACUGUGAAGAAGAAAGCAGGGGCCAUUACCUCAACCCCGAACAGAAACUCCACCAAGAGACGGUCCUCCCUUCCCAAUGGGGAGGGGCUGCAACUGAAGGAGAACGCGGAAUCAGAAGGCGUCUCCUGUCACUACUGGUCGCUGUUUGACGGUCACGCGGGGUCCGGGGCUGCCGUGGUGGCCUCCCGCCUGCUGCAGCACCACAUCACGGAGCAGCUGCAGGACAUCGUGGAGAUCCUGAAGAACUCGGCCGUCCUGCCGCCCACCUGCCUGGGGGAGGAGCCCGAGACCACGCCCGCCAACAGCCGGACUCUGACCCGCGCAGCCUCGCUCCGCAGCGGCGUGGGGGCCCCAGGCUCCCCCAGCACCCCCCCGACGCGCUUCUUCACCGAGAAGAAGAUUCCGCACGAGUGCCUGGUCAUCGGGGCGCUGGAAAGUGCGUUCAAGGAAAUGGACCUACAAAUAGAACGAGAGAGGAGUUCGUAUAAUAUAUCUGGUGGCUGCACAGCCCUCAUUGUGGUUUGCCUCUUGGGGAAGCUGUAUGUGGCGAAUGCUGGCGAUAGCAGGGCCAUAAUCAUCAGAAAUGGAGAAAUCAUUCCCAUGUCUUCAGAAUUUACCCCUGAGACUGAGCGCCAGCGACUUCAGUACCUGGCAUUCAUGCAGCCUCACUUGCUGGGAAAUGAAUUCACACAUUUGGAGUUUCCAAGGAGAGUACAGAGAAAGGAACUUGGAAAGAAGAUGCUCUACAGGGACUUUAAUAUGACAGGCUGGGCAUACAAAACCAUUGAGGAUGAUGACUUGAAGUUUCCCCUUAUAUAUGGAGAAGGCAAGAAGGCCCGAGUAAUGGCAACUAUUGGAGUGACCCGGGGACUUGGGGACCAUGACCUGAAGGUGCAUGACUCCAACAUCUACAUAAAACCAUUCCUGUCUUCAGCUCCAGAGGUAAGAGUCUACGAUCUCUCCAAAUACGAGCACGGAGCAGAUGAUGUGCUGAUCUUGGCCACCGACGGACUCUGGGAUGUUUUAUCGAACGAAGAAGUGGCAGAAGCCAUCACUCAGUUUCUUCCUAACUGUGACCCAGAUGACCCGCACAGGUACACACUGGCAGCUCAGGACCUGGUGAUGCGUGCCCGCGGUGUCCUGAAAGACAGAGGAUGGAGGAUAUCUAAUGACCGACUGGGCUCAGGAGACGACAUUUCUGUAUAUGUCAUUCCUUUAAUACAUGGAAAUAAACUUUCAUGAAAAUGGCCCAGGGGUUUGGGAAGACAGCAGGGGAGAAAACUGGGACACCUCUUGGCAGGGCAGAACUGGGAAGUGCCCUGGCCAAGUUCCAGGUGACUCAACCUCUUCCCAGGCCAGGUGGGGGAUUUGCUGCCGAAAAGCCACUGGCUGUACUUCUGGGGGACCCUUAGAAUUCAGUUGCCUCUUUAGUAACAGGCCUGGUUACUGAACAAGAGCAAAACAUAAAGGUUGCUACUGAGUAUUGCAUUUCUUUUGGUUCCUUUAAUAGGCCUUCUAGGUGGCCACUGCCUAGUUUUGGGCACACACGUCAUAUUUAUUUGGAGUAGCUGGGCAGCCAUUUUCAGGUGUAACUGGCAGGAGAGACUCUUCAGCCCAUCAAGCUGCCAGCUUCUCUACGGGUUAAAUGUGCUGCAUUGGAAAGCUGGGGAUCAGGUCUCAGAAAGUGUAAGCACCCACCUUCUAGUAAGCCUGAGAUUUAUUUCAGGGAAUGCUGUCUGUGUGUGUGUGUCUCUCUGUCUCUCUCUUUAGUCUUUCCUGGUUAUGGUGGGGCGAAGCAGGGUUUUUUUUUUCUGUUUGAUAUUCCUUGAAUCUUAAUUGUUUCCCUUCCAUGAAACAGGCCUGGGACUUUCCAGCUCCGUGCUGAGGAAUCUGUGUGUCAGAGUCCAGCCCAGGCUGUCCCCCUAUCCCGUCGCCCACACCACCCAGGCAGCCUUCUGGAGCAGUGCCCUGGCCAACAGAGCACUGUCUUUGUUGUGUAACAGUUUGUUCCCGAGUCGCAUUUUCUCACCAAAUCAGUGUGUUUUCAUGAAAAUAAUGGGUAUUUCUUUAAAUGGGAGUUUCUCUGUUGUUUUCAAGGGUCCCCCACUUGUGGCUAGAGAUGUCUCCGAGAAUCUAGGUUUUCAUUUCUGGGAUGGUUGGCCCUCCCCACCUGUGCCCCAGGGACACAUGUAAAGCAGUGUUUAAGAGAGCCAUACAGGGAGCUCCACGUAUCGGUCAGUUCACCAUACCUCGUGUGAUGACCAUUCCUCCAUUUUGGAUCCAGGCUCUGUGGACGACGACUGUCCGCAAGGCCGCUGCACAGCAGUACGUAUCCGUGCUUCCCCCUCGUCUUUGGGCAAGACCCGCUCAGAAUAGCCAUUUGCUAACAGUGAAUUUGAAUUGAGUUGACUGGCCAUCCUCAUGCUAUGUGCCCCAUUCCUUCUCCUUGGAGUCACAUCCCAGCAGCUGAGGCCCCUGUUCCCACUGUUGAUCCACUGCAGAGCGUUCCUCACAAGAGUUGAACAAGCAGUAGCCAACAGAUCUACCUGUUGCUUCCCUGCUGGGAGGAAUCACAAAGUCGAGUUUUUAGAACUCACUGCUUUCUUAGGCAGACUACUGCUCCGCACGGAGGGACCCUGGAGAGCGACAUCCCAUUACUGAGUCUUCUUGCACACCUCCUGUGGUAUUAUCACCAUCUCGACAGUUCUGUGUCAUUAAGACAUCCUUGCCACCCUAUAAAGAAAAACGUCAUUGAUGUGAUUCCCCAAACUGCUGGAGAGCCACUUCAGGUUCACAUGGUUGUGAAUCCCUUCCCCCGAGGACAGGACAGGAACCUUUCCUCCAGGAUAAUCACCUUCCUGGAGCUGUAGAUAUUUUAUUAGGCAAGGCCUAGAGCCUCUCUACUCAGGAAUGAACUCAUUCCACCACGUGGAAAGGAUGCCCUGUCUGGCAGGUGAGAGACUACAGGAAUUCACCCACCAGCUGUUCGCCAAAAUGCUGCCCAGGGAGAAUCGGAUUACUACCUUGUCAGGGGGUCAUCUUCAUCUGACAGCCUCCCUCCUCCUCCAGUGGAUCUUAGCUACCCCAGAUGUCUCUGUGGGGACAUGCUGGUGGUAAACCAUCUGCUUCUCUGGCAGAAUGCGAUGCUGUGAGACAACACGCAGGUUCCCUACAGCAGUGUCAUCCACGUUCUCUUCUGGCCCUGACUCAAAGUCUCGUACAAACUGGAAACAGAGUUUUUUGUGGACUCUGAAAGGCCUUCUUUGGGAAGCUGCCCUCACAAGCAGUCACCUCUUUCUCAUGUUCACAUUGCCUUUCAUCUGUUUUCUCUCCUGGGCUUUUUGCUGGUCCUACCUUUAGCUUUCCUAGGUUUAUUGGAGCCACCAGGUCUAGCUUUGGGUGUAGAUGUCAAGAUAGCUUUCUAUUCAAUUCACCAAAUCAUUUACUGCCAAGAAAUGUCUCAGGAAAAAUUCUAGAACCCUCCCACCCCCAACUUUUCAAUUUAUCCUGAAGUCUUGAGCACUUAGUCCUGCUGGUUUUAGGUAGAAAGGUAUCCAGGAAUUCUUUUCAUAAGCCUCCUUGGUGGAAAGAUCUCCGUAAAAGGCUGAAGCCCUGUUUCUGUUUGGGGGAUGGGAGGAGAAUUACAAAUGAGGUGAAUAAAUCAUAUGUGGAAAACGUGAUUUGUUAAUGCCCAUAGCAGAUCUGCCCAGCGCUGAUAUUGCUCUGUGAAUUGAGCUUACUCCGUUUGGCCUUAUUUUUCACCCAGGCCCCAUGCCAUCCCAUCCCACAGCAGUAACUAACAGUGUCUGCAUAACGGGCCGGCCCUUGGAGCAUUCCUGGAAAGGCCAAAAGGCAGCACACUCAAGAUUCUGAAGAACAUAUUUACAAGCGGUUCUGAAAUCUUGUGUUUCUGACUUCCAGCCAAAUCUGCUUGUCCUAAUAGCCUCAGAGGAAAUCUUGUUUAAUAAAAAGCUUUGGAUUUCCUAGUCAAGUCUUUAUGGUUGCCGUGGGGUGUGUGUGACCACUUCCUCUAAUGAAAGGCUCUUUGAGUCCCAAAUCUCUUUGUUGGGCUGGACCCUGCUCUUCGGAAUAUUUGGGGAUGGUGUUUUCCUGGAAGAGAACAAACUCACCCUCCAUCCACGCCCUCUGGCAUUUUACCAGGCAACAGCCAGACCUUUGUUCUCAGGACACCUGCAGUCAGAGACGGACUGUGUUCUGCCGUGGUUGUGCUGACCUAACUUCGGUUCUCCGGGUGGGAAGGGAGGGGUGAAAACUGGGCGAGGCCAGGUACUCAGUUGUGUACUAGGACGAAGCCACAGAAAGUGGCCAUUUCAGUUACUUUCCAUAGUAUACAGCUUUGAGGAAUUGGGGAUGUUUUUAAAUUCUAACAGCUUCGCCUCUAUGGGGCUCUGUGCUCACCUUUUUCUUACUCCAGAGUAUCCAUUUACUUCUCGUGAACAACUACAGUCGGAGGUAGAUAUUGGUGGCCGGGGAUGGGCGUCCUGGUACCUGCAUUUGGCCUCGGAUCUUGGCCAUUCAGGACAGGGUUUUGUUUAUCCUGAGCACUAGCAUGGAAACACUUGGAAAAAGACUCCCACAUCUUGAAAAUUCUGACUCUCCUCUUGACUGCACCUCCUUCCUCAUCUGCCAAUCUUUUUUUUUUUUAAACAAGGCCAAGAAUGGCCAGUGGUUUCUUUCCACCAUAGUCUGAGGAUCUAACCUUCCCUUAAGUGACCCAGCAGCCUCACACUCUCAGAGGGAAUAUGUUAAGCUUUUAUGACAUUCUAUUUUCAGUAAAUUACUGCUUCAGGGACACUUGAAGAAAGCAGUGAGAGUUAUUGUCUAUGCAAAGAACAACCAGGCUGACCCUAAAAUUUACCAGAUAGAAGAAAAGAGUAAACUGUAUCUGGCCACAGGACAGAAUUUUAUGUUAGGAACUUGGGUUUUUGAGGGCUUUACGAUCACAGAGAAAUGUUGGGAGUCUGCAUGCUGUGGCCCACCGUGCUGAACAAACUUCGGUUCUGUUGGGUGAUACGGCGUCUGUGUGCACACUGGGAUGUUUCAAAGGACACUCCCUGAGCAGCCGACUUGCCUCUCAUGUGAGCACCGAGGCAGCUCUUCGUGAGAGAGAGCUGAGUGCCCUUCCGCAGACUACUGCUCUUUCUCAUCCAUGAUGUUUCAUGUAAAUAGCUUUAAUUGUUCCUUAAUUGCGUCUUAGAUGAAGUUCUGUUCACAUAGCAACCAGGUAGAGACAGUGACCAAAUAAAUGAGGCUGUAAAAUGUGCUGUUGUUUUCUACUGUGAUGUACUUGAAGGAAAGCCUUGUGUCCCCCAAUCUUUCAAUCUUCCAUAGUAUUCUGUGUUUGGGGAAUCCUGAGGUUAUUCUCCAUUACUGUUUUGCCUCCAUUUUCUUUGUUUCUUCUGGAGACCCAGGGAGGCCCACAGUGGAGAUCACUUGUAAGAAAUGUAUUAAGAUCUGGGUUUCCAAAAAUAUCGUAUGUACAGUGAAUGAGAGGAAUCUGCUUGAAAAUGGUUUCAGAACCAAGUACCUUUAUGCUUUGUGAUUGUGAAACCUUGACUUUUGUAACCCCCAAAAUGAACACUGUUUAGUACAAGGGGAUCUAUUUUGUGUGUUUUGAAACUUAGGUGCAAUGUUCCCUGGAAAAAGUUAAAGAAAUGUAUAUGCUCAAUGACAUUUUAAAAUAAAGUAUUAUAUAUAUGUAUAUAGGA